AUGGCCUCGCCGCCAAAACCUUGGGAGCGGCCCAGCGCGACUGCGGCACCUUCUGCGCCGAUUCCGUCUACCGCAGCUGCCAUUCCAACGACCGCCGCACCUACUGCUCCAUCGUCCGCAUCCCCGACGGCCCCUCCUGUUCCCGACCGUCCCUCCUCUCUCAGCUCCACCAUCAACCAGAAUGCUUCGGCCUAUAGUCGCGCCGGAGCCAUGCCGGGCGUGGGCGUGGGCGCCUCUCCAUACAGUGCUUACGGCAGUGCCUACUCGUCGCCUUACUCCAGUCCUUACUCAAGGUUUGGCGGCUUGGGCGGCUACGGCGGCGGCGGCAUGUACGGCGGAUACGGAGGUUACGGUGGCAUGUACGGCGGUGGCAUGUACGGCAGCAUGGGCAUGAAUCCCAACGACCCCAACAGCUUGACUAGUCGUUUCAGCAAUGGGACUGCGGCAACCUUUCAAAUGCUGGAAGGUGUCGUGACUGCCUUUGGCGGGUUUGCUCAAAUGCUGGAAAGCACCUACAUGGCGACGCAUUCUAGUUUCUUUGCCAUGGUUUCCGUUGCCGAACAGUUUGGCAACCUGCGAGACACUCUGGGCUCGAUUCUGGGAAUCUUCACGCUCAUGCGAUGGAUACGCACGCUGAUUGCCAAAAUCACUGGUCGCCCUCCUCCGGCCGACGCCACUGCUCUCACACCCGCCGCCUUUGCGCGCUUCGAAGGCCGCAAACCCGGACCCGAUGGCACUCCCGGAUCGGCCAAGGCUAGCCGUAAACCUCUCUUCUUCUUCCUCGCCGCCGCUUUCGGCCUCCCCUACCUCAUGUCCAAGAUGAUCCGAGCCCUCGCCGCGUCGCAGGAAGAAGAGGCGCGCCGUCUCCAGCAACAGGCCUUGGAGCAACAGCAGCCGGUGGACCCGUCCAAGCUGGAAUUUUGCCGCUUGCUAUACGACUACCUGCCCCAGGGCAACGCAUCCACCAUGGAGCUCGAGGCUCGGAAGGGCGACCUCGUCGCUGUCCUGGCCAAGAACGACCCGGCCGGAAAUCCCAGCGAGUGGUGGCAAUGCCGCUCCCGGGACGGUCGCCAGGGGUACCUCCCCUCCACGUAUCUCGAAGUGCUGAAGCGACCCGUCCCAGAGGUCAAAAAGAUCAAGGCUGCCCCUAGCGACACCAGCCGCACCAACUCCCUGACGAGCGCAUCGGAGACGCUUCACCAAGGUAAAACAGAGUAUGAUGCGACCGCCGACGGCAUGCAACGAAGCCACUUCUACUCAUAG